AGUCUUCAGCAGCUGUCCAGGCGGACUAUCUCCAGUAGUGCCCGCAGACAGGUGGACAACAUGGUCAAAGAGAAGCAGAAGCUGUUCCAGGUAAGGUCUGGGCCGGGGUCGAGACAAACGGGUGACGAUGCAGCUGAGACUUCCCCUGAAGAGCAGUUGAAAUGUGGAACUGAACACGUGUUUACCGAAGCUGAAAUACUGUUUUUAAAAGUAGAAGUUGGCAAUUCUAGCCUGGUUUAGUUUUAUUUACCUCAUUUGACAGUCAAUAUUUGUUGUUGUUUGACCAGUAAUGGUGCAGUAAUGCUAAGGUUAAUGUUAAAGUUUGCACUUUAUUCUCAGGUUCUGGAAACAGAAUCUUAUUUCCUCCCCUUUGUAGCCUGAAAGAUAAGUAUGUGUUUGCUCAUAGGGUUCACUCAUAGUUUGGGCUGGACUAACACAUUUUUGCAUGCAGUAUGAUAAGCAAACAGGCACCAGCCAAUGCAAAAUCCAAUGCUUUGCUGAAUCUUGUCUAACCCCUAUGGUGUCCUCUGCUGGCACUCACUCUGCCUUUAAAAUCAUAGAGCUAAAGCAAUGACUGCUUCUCUGCAAUUUGUUGUUGAAAUACAUUUUAGCCUAAGAACUUCCUGACCCUUUUAAGGUUAUAUGUUUACGGUAAGUGUUUCCGUUUGUAGUAGGUUCGGCUAUAACAUCUCCCAAGCAGCACUUUGCUCUCUUGUUAAAAACCUUUAGUUGUUUUAAUUGGGGUUAUAUACGUCUCACUGAAUAUUUGAGGCUUUGCCAGGGCUAUUAUAGUGCCUUGCUGAUGAAUGAAAUGCAUCAAUAAACAUAUUCAGGUGGUGCAGAAGUGUUUAGACCAUUUACAAUACUACCAUCAGACCGGUACCCAUGCAGAAUCAUUUAACUUUUGGUUCAUUUACGUUGCCCUAAAGGGCUUGUCAGUUUUCUGAAUGUCGGAUGAACAUUUCCUUUUUCCUCUUUCCGCAGGCAGAUAACGGGAUUCCAGUCCAUCUGAAGGGAGGAGCCAAGGAUGCUAUUCUGUACAGGCUAACAAUGGCCCUUACAGUCUUUGGUAAGUCUGCAUUAAACUGAAAUUGGGUAUGUGAUGUUGUACAGCCCUGAUAUGAACCUCCUUGAAUGUGACAUUAAGUGUUAAUGGCAUCUUUACAGCAGGUAGUCAUGUAAUCUUGACUAGAGUCAUGUCUUGCAUUUCAAGUCUAACCACAAACAGUGCAGUCAAAUGCCAGUUUCACACACAUUUCUUGCUUUGCCUGUUAUAUUCAAAAUCUUUCCCUUCUCUUCACAGGAAGUGGAUUUGUUUUGUAUGAACUCCUCAGUGCAGCAAUGCCCAAGAAGGCAUGA